UAACAGGUUCGUCCUGCUUUGCGUCAAAGCGAAAAUUAAAAAAAAGAAAAAGGACAGCGAGUCCUCUUUUCAUUUCGACCCUUCGCGGUGAAGGCGAAAUCGAGUGUUACCGUUAUCACCGCUGGACGCUGCUCAUUAUCGCUAGGCGCAUGCGAGAAAGUGAGACUUUGAUUUGUGAAUCGGAUUGUGAGCCGAACUCGAAAUCGACGGAAGUGAGGAUCCUUGGUGUGGUUGGUGCUGCUGGUGACUGAGAGAAACGAAGAAAAGAAGAAAGAAACAAACGGAAGAUAUCUUUUCUGAAAAAGGAACAGCUAGAUGGCAGUCAGCACUAUCAAUAUGGCACCCUACUUCACUGGUUAUCCUUUUCAAGGACAGGGUCGCGUGAACCAGCUAGGUGGUGUAUUCAUCAACGGCCGUCCAUUACCGAACCAUAUCCGUUUGAAGAUCGUUGAGAUGGCAGCGGCCGGUGUCAGGCCAUGUGUCAUAUCGAGACAGCUCAGGGUGUCACACGGCUGCGUCUCGAAGAUUCUGAAUCGGUAUCAAGAAACGGGAUCGAUAAGACCCGGUGUGAUUGGCGGUAGCAAACCGCGAGUUGCCACGCCGGAAGUCGAGGCGAGGAUUGAAGAUCUUAGGCGGCAGAACCCUGGAAUCUUCAGCUGGGAGAUACGCGAGAAAUUGAUAAAGCAGGACGGAGUCUGCGACAAAGCCUCGGCACCUUCCGUAUCUAGUAUCACCAGACUUCUACGUGGACCAGCCAACCAGACACGUCCCGGUGAUGACCUACGCAGAAAUCACUCUAUUGAUGGUAUUCUUGCUGGAAGUAGCGGUGACGACUCCGACACGGAAAGCGAACCUGGUAUCGCGCUGAAGAGAAAACAACGUAGAAGCAGGACUACCUUCACCGGCGAACAACUGGAACAAUUGGAAGCGGCUUUUCAUCGGACGCAAUAUCCUGAUGUGUACACUAGAGAGGAACUUGCACAAAAAACAAAGUUAACGGAAGCUCGAGUGCAAGUUUGGUUCAGCAACAGGCGUGCCAGACUUCGCAAACAGCUGAACAGCCAACAGCUGAACGCCUUCAACAUGAGUCUACCCUUCCAGACUCAGCACUACGGCAAUGGUGCAGAGAGCUAUCAGAGCUACGGGCAGGCGAGCGUUGCUGCAGCCGCAGCAACCACCGCCGGUUAUUCUCAGCAUUACAACUACGGGGAGAACUACUAUGCGGCGCAGCAGCAAUGGCCGCGGGCGACUCCGGACAAUUAUGGAUUGUUCAACGCCUCCCAUUACGGCAGCAGCAACCUUGCCUCCAAUCUGACUUCCACCAAUCUCAAUCUGGGCAGUCUGGGGGGCAGCGUCAGCCCGACCGGGUCCAACAUGAGCGCCUGCAUGGUGCAAGGUGGUGCAUCCUCCUCCGGGGUACCGGUCUCGACGGGGAUGGCGCCCCACGUAACUCCGCACAGCCCUAGCGAGGCGAAGAGCGGAUAUCCGUAUUUGGGCAACAUCGAUUCUCAGGUUUGCGGAAGAAUUCACUGAAUUUAACCGCGAGAAACGAUCGCACAUCGACUUGU